AUGGCUCCACUACUUCGGCCAAGACAAAGGGGGACUGGAAUCAUGCUUUGCCUAAAGACUAAAGACAUCAAUGCUGCCUUCGUGAAGGUCAUGAGUGCUAGAGUCGUAGUUGUGAGUGAAAAUCGAAAAGAUUGGCUUUCGUUGGUUGCCAUGCACAACGAUUUUUGGUUGCUUUCUUUAGCUUUUUAUCUUGGAGUCCAUCUAAACCGCAAUGAAAGGAAGCAUCUAUUUAGCUUGAUCAAUGAUCUACACACCAUUUUUGAAGUUAUGAAAAGGAGGAAGCCUAUGAAAGUCAAGCCCAUUGUGGACAGUAGAAACAAAUCUCGGGGUUUCACAAAGAGAUCAAUUGAUGGACAAGUUAAGAACAACCCUAAGCAUGUUGAGGAGAUUGAUGUGGAAGAAGAUAAUGAGCAUAACGAAACUCUUAGUGGAAGUUGUGGUGGAGAUUACAGUGCGUAG